CAUUAUAGUGGACCUACAGGGGAACAUGGUUGUCCAGGAGCACAGUGCAGACCAGACCUCUGCUGGACCUUACCUGGUGGAAGAACAACUCUUGGUCCAAGUCACCCAGGAGGCCCAACACCAACAGGCAGAGCUGGCAAAUAACACCAGAGUAUAUGCAGGAGGACCUCAGUAUAUAAGGGGGAAUGCAGUUGAUCCAAUUUUUAGUGACCUUCAAAGAAAAGGAGUGAACAAGAAACAGGUAAUGGAUAAGAAAGAAGAGAUUGCAGCCAAAACCAACUGCAAAGCAUUGCAGAGCCAGCCGAACUUUGAAUCGCGAUGGAAUUUCCGAGAGGUGCUGGUGAAGCCAGAGUGCCCCUUGAUUUCCCUGGGCGAAAUACCCGAGGAAGAAUUUCUGGGAGAGGAGGACAGUGAGAAUGAAGAACAAGGAAGACCGAGAAGGAAGUCAGCAAAGAAGGCAAGACUAAGAUGGAAAAACAUUCAUGAAGUAGAUGACAUUGGGAAAUUGAAAACCAAGAAGCCAAAAAGAUUGCAGAUGCAGCCAAGAGAGAAAGGAAACUGCAUGUUAGAAAAAGUUAUGCCCUCAAUGCCCAAAGAGCAGGCGCCCAGUACACUUCCCUUGUGGGCGCAGCGGCUAACCUCCGUGCGCUUGGUGGAUGACAUGUGGGUUGUAGGUGUGGCCUCCAGCAGUUCUGUCCUGCAUCAGACUCUGGAAGGUCACUCACGCAGUGUUCUGUGUGACUACAUCAAAAGCCAUCCAAGCAGCUUGGAACAGAGACACCGCACACGAGCACAGGUGAGCCGCAUAAUGUGGCAUCACCAGAGAAUUAUGUUUGAUGGCGUUCCUUUCACCAUUGUGUCCUCAGAUGAUCUGAAGUGCGCUUUUGGCAUGAACUAUAAGAUUAAGAGAAAAGGCACUGAUGCUUCAGCUGAAGGGAAAUUAGCAACCAAUAAAGUGGAGGAGGAGUUUGUUGAGGAAGAAGCUAUAGGAGGCUGUACGGAGUUGAAGGAGGCAGGGGGAGAAGGGCACCCAGGAAAAGAGCAGGUCACAAAAAUUGCAGACACAAAUAACCAGCCUAAGAAGAGGUACAAGGAUGUGACUUAAUAUCCUCUUGCACGGCCAGGAU